UAGUACCACUCUCUCUCUCUCUCUUUCGUCCUUUAUAAACCCCUCACAUUUCUUCUCCUUAGCUCAUAAGUAAUCAAAUUCCAAAAAAAAUAAAAUAAUACAAAUCUCUCUUUUUCUCUCUAAAAAAUCUUGAUAUGGAUCAAAACGUACCAAUAAGCAAGAAGCUAUGGAACAUCGUACGUUUUCUCUUGUACAUGAUCCGCAAAGGCGUCUCAAAAAACAAACUCAUCGCUGACUUCAACGCCACUCUCAAACGUGGCAAGAACCUCAUGUUCCACCAACGUCGUCGUGUCCACGCCGGUUCCACCGCCUCAGCCGCUCUAAACGCUACUUCAGCCACCGCGUCAUCGCGACAAGAGUACGAGUUUAGCUGCAGCAACACUCCAAACUAUUCAUUCCCUUUCUCUAAUAUGGCUUUCAUGAGGAAAAAGAGUCACAAUAAUCUCUUCACGUGUGGUCAAACGCCUCAGACGCUUGACGACGACGUAGCCGCCGCUAGAGCCGUUCUUGAGCUUCUUAACGGCGUUGGAGAGAAAGGAAACGUCACGCCGGCAGAUUUAACGGUGGCUUUGUCUCCUUAUUUCCCCGGUUUUGGACAGACUCCAUUGGUUAGACCGUUAAGAGUAACGGACUCACCGUUUCCGUUAACGCCGGAAAAUGGUGAUGUGGCUAAUGGACACGUUGACAAAGCAGCUGAUGAUUUUAUAAAGAAGUUUUAUAAGAACUUGAAUCAGCAGAAAAAAAUGAUUGAGUUCAGCUAAAUAUUAAUCCGAAUUGUGUGUAUCUUCGUCAUAUUUCUCUUCUUCCUUAAAUAUUUUUUUACCCUUUUUUCUUUCUUUCUUUUUUUUCUCUCGUUUUGUGCUGAUUAAAAUCCAAAGAUGUAAUGAUAUUUUGGGGGGUUUUUAUUUUCGAUUCCUAACACAAUUGGAUAUUAUGAAUAAAAAAAUAUCAUCGGUUCUAUUAGUAAAAUAUGUAUUGUUAUGUGGAAUUUGCAGUGACGAAAGCAAAGUUAAUCCUAAUGAAAAUUAAUCAAUCUCUGAAUCAACAAACUUUCAUAACGA